AUGCUCUCCGCGGAAGCUGCAGCGUCGGCAAUCGACACCCCGGCAACCGCUCUUGGCGACGCCACUAUCAAGAAGCCGCUGGAGGAGGUGGAGGAAGACGGGCUGUUGUUCUCAAACCACGGUGAUAUCACCGGCGGCAGCAAGCCUCUCCCGCUCGAACGCAAGUUGAGGCACGAUGUCCGGACCGAGGAUGACUCUGACUCCACGGAUCUAUAUUUCGACGGCAUCAGUUCGAGCAUCCCGACCGUCCUGCUUGAAGGAUGCUCAAUCCCCGCGGAUAUGACCUCCGUGAAAGUGAAACACGACAAGCCGGAGACCGGUAACAUCGCCGAACACGCUAUUGACGGUGACCCUUCGACCUGGUGGGGGAGAAGAGGCAUAAACAGGUGGAUGGACAUCGAAUUCGAGGGCGGCGAGGACGGCGAUUCAGACGUCAGCGGCGUAGCCAUCGCCUUCAUGCGUGGGAACAGGAGGAGUGCCUUUUUCGAUAUGACCCUAUACGACAAGUUCGACAACGUCGUGGCCAAGAAGAAGGACAUCGAGAGCGGAGGGCAGACCCAAGAUUACGAGACGUUCUACUUCGAGGAGCCCGCGGAAGGGUCCAAGGUUCGCCUCGACUUCAAGGGCACCACGGCAGGAACAUGGAACGCCGUCGCGGAGGUGUCCAUCUGUCUCCACAACAUCGUCACUCCAGCGCCGGUGUCCCCGCCGACCGUGCCACCGUUGACUUCGUCGGGAUUGACGUACGUGGGAUGCUUCAUGGACGACCGCACGGGGCUGACGAGGUUCCUCGACGACAAGAGCAUGCAAGACGAGAACCUCACUCCCCAAUCUUGUGCGGAGUUCUGCUCCGGGUAUAAGUACAUGGCGCUGCAGUACUCUCAGGACUGCUUCUGCGCGGAAACGUACUACACUGCCGAGAGGGACGCGAUUCCAACCGACACCUGCAACAUGCCCUGCAGAGGCGACGAGAACGUCAUUUGCGGUGGACCGUGGUCCAACUCGAUCUACAUCGUGGGGGACCCCACGGAAAUGACGGAGGAGGAGCUGGCGGCGCAAGAAGGACCGAAAGAGAGCGACGGCGUCCCUCGGAGGAAGUUCACCGUGAUCAACAGCUGCUUCGAGCAGGUCAGGCUUGGGGCCACCGGAGGGUACGUGAAGGCUUUGGACGACCCCACCGUGGAGUCGUGUCCCGAAGGGAGCGUGCUGGACAAAGCGGUCGGGGCCUGUUUCUGGGGGCUACCGCUGCCCGAAGACGGGAAGAGUUUCGACAUCGAACCAGGAGGGUCCGUCGAGCUCAUCCUCGACAACAAGGCCGUGAAUGGUGUGCGAUGGAGCGGCAACAUGUGGGCCGCGACCGGGUGCCACAGCAAAGUGGGUUGCGAGACGGCCUCCUGCCUGCGGAACAUCGGCUACCCGGACGGCUUCUGCCCUCCCUCCACGGGACCCACCGGUCCCGUCACUAAGGCCGAGUUCACUCUGGUGGAUACGGGGGUGGACUACUACGAUGUCACCGCGAUCGACGGCGUGAACAUCCCCGUCGAGAUGAAGCCCGAUCCGCUCAGCUCGCCGUUGGAGAAACUCGAAGACCCUUACUGGUGCUCUAACCCCGGAGGCGUUACUUCGAUGAGCGAAGAGCUAGAAGGAUGCACUUGGGAGUUCGAUGCGACCGAGAUCGACGGCUUUCCCGACCACGACAUGUCCAAGUACCUCCGCUGGGUUCGAAACGACGGUCUAUUCGCCGACUGCGAAGACGAUUCUGACUGCGAGGAUGUGGAAGGCGAGGGUGUCGGCCAGAAGCUGAAGUGCGGUGCGCUUUUCGGGCAGGACACACUCAACGGCGGUGUCACAGAAGAGAUGUUUCCCAAGAAGUGCGGCUCCAACCUGGGGUGGCACAGCCCCAACGCCAUCUGCGGAAAUUCGAGAUCGAAGCCGCUUGGGUACUUCCCCAACUCGUUCCCUUUCAUGUGCGAAAAACAAACGAUGCAAGUGAUCGGGGACAACUCCACCCAUUCCGACAUCUAUGGCUGCGCCGGCCCCAUAUAUGGGCUGUCCGGGUACAGCAGGAACGCGGACGACACGGCGUGCGGCUGCCCCGACUGGCCCGCCUUGGGCAUCAACGCCCCGUCGGAGUCUACAUGCUACGGCAAGAACCCAUACUGGGAGGCGUUGUCCGUGCCGUGGCUCAAGUACCUCAAGCGCGCCUGCCCCACCGCAUACUGCUUCCCGUACGACGACCACUCUUCGACGUUCGUGUGCCGUAACGAAGACGAGAACAACGACCACAACGGCAAGAACAGCAUGUCCUACAUCAUCGAGUUCUGCCCCGGAGAUUCGCAGGGCAACCUUCUAGAGUGGUGAUCAACGGAACGAUAGAUGGUGAUGAGGAGGAUUGGUGAUGAGGAGGCAUGGUGACGGCGAUGGCGAGUAGUCAAACGGUGGCAGCACCUGUUGCAGUAGGAGGAGUAGCGUCCGUGUGCAGGAAGGCUUAUGCUCCGUCGUCGGAGGGACAGAGGAGACACGAGCUGGGUGAACGGAUGGAUGGGUGGGAUGCACGAAACCAGUGCAUCGAGAAAGACGAUGAGUGUUUUGCACGCUGCACUGGGCCGUGUUUAGCGCGUACCGUUCACCUGGCGAACCCUUGUCGGAUGGCAGACCAAAACUUCCUACUGGCAUGAAAGGCGGCUGUCUUGUACUCUAUUGCUUUUGUAAUUACGUAUUUUUCUUCGCUUUAUUUUCUUCGCUUCUAUCACGCACGACGUUCCGAUUGCCUUCCCAUGUUUUUAGGGGCUACAGUAGUAGUAUGAUAGCAGUCAUCCAAGCAAAGUAGCUUCAUUGCAAGGGUGUGGAACCUGAGCAUGUUCUUAGCGAAACAGACGGUAGGAAACAAACCUCCAUCUAGAGGCACGACAGCGGGCAAGGUAGUAUUUCUGAACAAUCUACAUGGAUGAUGGUUUCUUGGGCGGGGGG